UUACUUGGGCUGGGCGUAAAUUCCUUCAACAGUAGGGAGCAUUUCGUAAUUUCACUACCCUAAAAACCCCUCGCUCCAUAAAUCCUUUCCCUCCCUUCCCACGCGCCCGCUUCUCCUACUCCAAAAAUUCGUGAGUAUUACAUCUGCUCAUAGGAUGGGUCCUCCAAUCUUGGCAGUGGAUAGCAAAAGCACACUAGCAAUCUCAUCAGAAGCUUUCAAAGGUAAGAUGCAUGAGCCUCAAAUGGAGGCACCAAAGCCUUUUGCAUCAGUCAACAAGGGCGAGCCAUUCAAUUUCGUCCGUGUUUUAUGUGAGGGUUUUGUGGCAGGUGGUGCUGCUGGUGUUGUAGUAGAAACAGCUCUAUACCCAAUUGACACGAUAAAGACUCGGCUGCAGGCAGCUCGUGGUGGAGGACAAAUUCUUUGGAAGGGCCUGUAUUCUGGACUGGCUGGAAAUCUGGCUGGCGUCUUACCGGCUUCCGCGAUAUUUAUUGGUGUAUAUGAACCUACAAAACAAAAAUUGCUAAAGAUCUUCCCAGAAAACCUUAGUGCUUUCGCUCAUUUGACUGCAGGUGCUAUUGGAGGUGCCGCUUCUUCUCUUGUUCGUGUCCCGACAGAGGUAGUCAAACAAAGGAUGCAGACUGGGCAAUUUGCUUCUGCUCCUAAUGCUGUCCGCCUUAUCAUUGCUGACCAGGGCUUUAAAGGUCUUUAUGCGGGAUAUAAAUCCUUUCUAUUGCGGGAUUUGCCAUUCGAUGCCAUCCAGUUUUGUAUUUACGAGCAACUUCGGAUAGGGUAUAAGCUAGCGGCAAAGAGGGAUUUAAAUGAUCCUGAGAAUGCUAUAAUUGGUGCCUUUGCUGGUGCAAUAACUGGAGCCAUAACUACUCCUCUCGAUGUAAUUAAGACAAGAUUAAUGGUUCAGGGUUCAGCAAACCAGUACAAAGGGAUCAUCGAUUGUGUUCAGACCAUUGUAAAGGAGGAAGGACCUCCUGCCCUCUUAAAGGGCAUAGGGCCAAGAGUACUAUGGAUUGGUAUUGGUGGAUCGAUUUUCUUUGGUGUUCUGGAGAGGACAAAGAUGUUACUUUCACAGAGGCGCAGCAGGGUCCAAAAUUCACAACCUCCUAAACGGGAGUGAUUAUGGCCAUAGUUGUCAAAAUCCUAUGAUUUACGGUUUACAAUUUGAGUUCAAUAUUAAGUAAAACAAUUUAAAUCCCAUCUUGAAUCCCUUCUUAGAUGAAUCUUACGAUUCUAUGAUUUUGGAAGAAAUGAAACAAAUUCCUCUA